AUAAUAACGAACCAAUGGUUCAAAAGUUACGGAUGGGGGUCCGAAAGCCCCCCCUGUCAAAAGAAGCCCCCAAAAACCCGGUCUGAAUAGGGUUAACUCUCUUUACCUCAAGCUAUUCGAAUGUGAAACAUGAUGUUUUUCAAUUUAUGCUAUAUCAAAUGUUUGGUGUAUAUUGAGCGCUACCGAAAGAUUGUGUCCUUCCGUAUUUUAAUGGGGGGCGGCGUUGAAAAGGAAAACUAAUGCACUCUUCGCCUUAAAGCAACUGAACAGCUGUGAAAAGAUGCAGCAUUUGCGCAACAAACUCAAGGAGAACACAAGUUUUUGAGUGGCGUAAUUUCCUUAUGCUUCUUGUUGCGGGAUCAAGUCAUAAGCUCAAGAGUCUACGAGAGUUUUUACAGAGUAACGUCUUGUGUAGUCGCCGGAAGGUCUCCUGAAAAGAUCUUCCCUCACAGAUUGUUGUCAAUCAGACAAACAGCUCAAGGAAAAAACACCCAAUAUCCAAGAAAAGGUGAUUUAUAAGUGCUGUCACCGUUAGAACCUUAUUAACUACUAUAUUUACUUCGAAGAGACGCAAGGUAAAAGAGAAGUCUCCAUAAAGAGUCAAUUCGAGGAGCUCGUUAUCAGGCUGGACUAGAGGUAAACCAGCCACUCUUAUUUUCUCCGCGCAUACAAGUCAGCAUAGUCUUCACCAUGAGCCGAAACCAGAGACGACUCAACUUUACUGUGUCAAGCAGAUUGUCUUCACCGCCAGGCAACAUGACGUUUCAAAAUAGCACGAAGAACACAGAGACAACCGAUAGGCCGAACUACGACUAUCUGGCGUACUUCAGUCCGGAAGCCGACAUCUUCCCGUUAGUCCUUGCCGUUUUUAUCAUUAUUGUGAACACAUGGGUGUUAGUACUAUUUUCGAAGAAAUUGUCUCUAAGAAAUAUCACCAACACUGUAUUGUGUAGCUUAGCCGUCAGUGAUAUGCUAACAGGCUAUCUUAGCAUCCCGAUGUUUGUCGUUUGUAACGUUAUACGGAACACUCCAACGUGCAUCAUGUCAGAUGUCUUUUUGAGAUUCACUUCCAUCUCCACCGUAGCUCACUUGCUCGCAGUCACAGUCGACAGAUACCUUGCCAUUAUGCACGCGCUGCGCUACCACAUGAUCGUGACACGGCGCCGGGCAUACAUCGUGCUCUUCCUCAUCUGGGUGACCUCCGUGUUCAUGUCACUGGUCCAUCUUUCAUGGACGAAUCCAAGCACCCACGAUGUGUACUCCACUCCUACACCCGAACAGAAGAUGCACGAAGUACGCUACGAUGUCUUCUGUCUCAUCAACUACUUCAUUUUUCCUUUUUUCUUCACCAUUUUCGCGUAUGGCAGCAUCUUCUACCAGGUAAUACGGCAGCGCAAGAUCAUUGCUAGGAACAGCACGCCAAGUUUUUGGCAAGAUCCGGGUGUGAUCAUUGACAAGCACAAGUGGAAGGCAGCUAUGGUCUUCGUGGUCAUGCUCCUUGUCUACAUCUGCUGCUGGAUGCCAUACUUCAUGUACAGGAUCCAGUUCAACUUUCGGAAAGAUUUUAUCAAGAUCCCUUACGCUUUCCAGUACCUGAUAGUCUACUUGCGGUUCUGCACUUCCCUCUUCAAUCCCGUGCUGUACAUCCUAGGCAAACAGGAUUUCCGAAAAGUUAUCCUGGUGAGAUUUGAGCGAAGACCUAGCAGGCUCCUCGGCGUCUCUACCUCAGUCGCAAAAACGACCUGUGUCUAAAGCAACAUGCUGUGGUUACCCACUUUUGAUCAAACAAAUGAACAGAAGGAACUCCCUCGCGAAGUAUCAUCCCACACAAAACACCUUCCCUUUACGGAAAAGACACUGGUAAGAGUUGUUAUGUUUACCGGCAUUUUCGCAGCAUGGGAAAAUCGCCACGUAAAAUGACAAAACCCUCGAAUACUUUACUCAUAUAAGAAAACAGCGAGUCCGAGCAAGGAACUUUGCGCGAAGUACGUUUGACUGCCAUUGUCGUUAACCUAGAGCGUCAGCUCGAACUAGUUGACUUAAAGCAAUAAGAGAAGGGCAACAUCUGUCGCUUGGACUCUACUAAUACAGGAAAGCAGACAUUAGUAGUUUAGCUUUGCCUUAGCUUGAUAGAAGCUUUGGAUAUAUUUGCGUCUAAGGUUUUAUCCGGUUAUCGGAAUUAUCUACGCCGGUUUUUAUGGAUCUUUGGAUUUCAUGAGACUCAUUAAAAGACUUCAAAACUGACAUGUAGGUAGAAGGUGCAUCAUAUCCAGGCAAGAAACUCGCUGCAAAUAGUUCAUAUCAAAAAACAACAAAGAGUAAGAGGAAGAAGGGUGGCUAAGGGUUUCUGGCAUUGACAAAAGCUGUCAAGAGUAUAUCUCGGAUUUUUUUAUUUGUUUGUAGACUGUCUGCUUAUGUUUGUCUAUACGAUGUCUCGGAGCUUCCCGGCGUAAUUCAGUACCUCAAACGCUCAACUAGUAUUUUGUUCCCUGGAGCCUAUACAUUUUAUCAAUGUCCUAACCCGUUUCGAUUUCGAAAAUGGGAAACCUCGAUGUCGGAUUUCAAAACUCUCGCCACUCUAUUAUUACACAAGCUUUGGGAUAUUUUUAGCUGAUUUACCCCUGAGCAUAGAAUUGCCCUUAGGUCGUCUACUAAACUAAAAAAGGCAAAAAUGAACACGACAUCGUGUAUAUGGAAGGCAACUCAGCGCUGUGCUACUUUGUCCGCAGUUGUCUCAUUGAACCGUUUGAAACGCAGUCCGUCGCAUAGCAGGAUGGAAGUCGUCUAGUGAUUUUCUUUUUAUGUCUUGAUUAGAAUAACGUCUGAAGAUAUGUAAAAUACACAGUUUUUUUAAACUAGCUUUAUGCUCUUUCUAUAGCGUUGAAGUGCUAAUUAAAAAAAAUAUAUUAUAUUGUAGUUAAAAGAAGAAAUGUAGAAGGGGGUAGGCGAGACUCCAAAAGUCCCCGCUGCAUUUUAGCGGAUUGGAAUAUUUUUAAGAGAUAUCUGAUGGAUAUGGAAAUAGUCGCUGUAGAUAGGCGUAUAACUUUAGACAGAAAGAAGAAGAUAUGUAUCAGUUAUGUAAACAUCUCUGUAUUUCCAGAGAAAUUUCUGUUUAUAGUAGCCGCAUCGUUUCAUGUGAAGCGAGCCAUUCUACCCAUUGAUAACGAAAGGCGCACUUUAUGAGAAACGUUUAUCGAUGCACAGAGCGGACUGCGAGAUAAGUUAUCACGCGGUGCACAUUUUAGUGAGAUAAGUUAACACGCGGGGCACAAACAGUGAAUUCCAUUAGUUUUUAGACCCCCUUCAUAGCACUUUCUAUACGUGCAAAUCAAAACUGCUUGAUCCCAUUGAAGUUAGUUUUUUUUAUGCAUCAAGGAAAGCUUUUAAGACUAUUGUCAUAUGUAUAUAUAGAUUUACUUGUGUAGUGUGAAACAUUCUUUUAAGAGCUUUUAAAAAUAGUUUUUUUAAAUUGAUGGGGUGCCUGGUUCUUUGUGUAAACCAUUAGUUAUGACGUUAAAGAUCGCUCAACCUGCUUCAAAGAAGCGUUCCAACUCCAACCGCAAUGCUAAAACACCUUUUGCUGUUCAAUUACGGGAAAUAAGGAACAUUCAUUUGUGCCAAACGUUGUAUCGUUAACGUGUAUUGUACGUUCAUCAACAUCGCACGAAACAUCCUUAGCGUGACUUUCAAUAUAACAAUGCGCGAACACCAUUGGCAUUAACGGACAAUCAAUAACGCAAUUGGGCAUUCAUUUGAAUAGAAUGAAAAUUCUUUUGCAUGCAAUCGAAAAUUCAAUUACACGUUUGGACAAUCAAUAGCGUUUAUUGACAAUCAGUUAUAAAAAAAAUAAAAUAAAAUCAUUUGUUCUGUUACACGGAACAUAAACAAAGACAAUCAACAAGCCUUUUCAUGCAAUCAUGUUCACCAAUGUGACAUUCUCAUCAAUGUGGUUUGGUGUACAUCAGGUGUACAUUAUCCCAAAGUUGAUAUUUGCCUGUAGCCCAGAAAAAAUCAUUUUUCACAAAUAUCACAGGCUGAUAUCACAACCAGUGGUUGUGAUAUCAGCCUGUGAUAUUUCUCUGUACUCCAGAAAAACACUCUAAAUUGGAAUGGUUAUUAUAUUUGCUUGUAAUACAUAUUUGCCUGUACCCCAGAAAUACAUGUCUGUAAUAUUUGUCUGUACCCCAGAAAAACACUCUAGAAAUUGUAAUGAUAUUCUCCUGUGAUACUUGUCUACCCCAAAAGAAACACUCUAGAAAUAGUUAAGGUAUUUUUCUGUAAUAUUUGUCUGUAGUGUACACCAGAAAAACACUCUAGCAAUUUUUAAGAUAUUUGCCUGUGACAUUUGCCUGUUCUCGAGGCGCUCACAAUUGAAAAUAAAAAAAGAUGACAGUU